AUGGCAGGGCUUUGUGUCAGCUCUGUUCUGGUGACUGGGGCCAACCGGGGACUCGGCCUGGGGUUUGUCCAGCAUUUCCUGAGGAUGCCAAAACCACCUCAGUGGAUCUUUGCAACCUGUCGGGACCCCAAGGGACAGAGAGCACAGGACCUACAGAAUUUGGCCUCCAAACAUCCCAACCUGGUCAUCAUCGCUCUUGAAAUUGCCGACCCUGCCAGCAUCAAGGCGGCUGCAGCCAAGGUUGAGGAGCGCCUGGGGAGCUCUGGGCUGAACCUCCUCAUCAACAAUGCUGGAAUGGUCAAGCCUAAGAUGCUUGAGGCUGAAACAUUGGAGGACAUGACUGAGACUUACACCACCAACACAGUUGGACCCCUGCUGAUGGGCCAGGCGUUUCUGCCCUUGCUGAAGAAGGCUGCCCAGGGGAGCCCAGGCUCAGGGCUGAGCUGCAGCAAGGCUGCCAUCAUCAACAUAUCCAGCAUUGGUGGCUCCAUCGCUUCUGCCUUUGGCUGGGAGUUGAUGCAAGUCACCUCAUACCGCUGCAGCAAGGCUGCUCUGAACAUGCUGAGCAAGUGCCAGUCCCUGGCGUACAAGGAGCACGGCAUCCUCUGCGUCGCUCUCCACCCCGGCUGGGUGCAAACUGACUUGGGCAGCUCUGCCGGAGGCGUGCCCCCAGUGACAGUGGAUGACAGCGUGCAAGGGAUGCUGAAGGUCCUCUCCUCCCUCUCUGAGAAGGACACCGGCACCUUCCUGGACUGGGAAGGCAACGUCGUCCCCUGGUGAGGCACCACUGCAGGAUCCUGGCAGCCAAGAGGUCCCUUUGGCACUGCUCCCA